UUAUCACGAGACGAGACCGGAGUAGAAAUUCACCAUUGAUUGAACAAGAUAAAUCUCCUUUUUCAUAAGUCUUUCUAUUUAGUUUUGGUAUAAUUUUACAGACCAAUUUGGUCAGUUGUACCUGUCAAUUUUUGUGCUUCGACCCCUGUGACAUAUCCAUGUAAACUCCAGCCGGAAUGAUGGUGUUUGGGAGACUGGGGAAACCACAGUUUUUAUCAGUAGUUUUUUCCAAAAUUGGAAGUCAGUUUUUGCAAGAGGCUUGCGGUCUCCCUUGUAGAUCUGCAUUCUCCAGUUGCACUAACAAUGCUGUCAACACGUAUACCAAUAGAAGUCAUACUUGUGGUGAGUUGAGGUCCUCUGAUGUUGGUAAAGAAGUGACCCUAUAUGGUUGGUUGGAAUAUCAGCGGCUGGACAAAUUUGGUGUCCUCAGAGAUGGAUAUGGUUCUGUCCAGUUUCUGGUCCCUGAUGAAAGCAAAAAAAUUGGGGACAUCCUUGGGAAACUUAAUUUGGAAUCAGUCAUUAAACUCAGAGGAAUUGUAACUUCCAGGCCUGAAGGUCAAUCAAAUAAAGACAUGGGAACAGGAGAUAUUGAAAUUAUUGUCCAAGAUCUAGACGUAUUAAAUGUUGCAAAAGCAAACUUACCCUUCCAUAUCCGUGAACAUGCCAAGGCAAAAGAGUCUCUACGGAUGAAAUAUCGUUACCUAGACCUGAGGUAUCCCAAGUUACAGCACAACUUACGGCUCCGAUCGAAAGUGAUCAUGAAGAUGAGAGAGUUUCUAAUCAAUGAAUGUGCUUUUAUUGAAGUUGAAACUCCCACCUUAUUCAAAAAAACUCCUGGGGGAGCCAGAGAAUUUGUAGUUCCUACCCAUAACAAAAACCAGUACUAUGCAUUGGUACAGAGUCCGCAGCAGUUGAAGCAGCUCCUGAUGGUUGGUGCUGUAGAUCGAUAUUUUCAAGUGGCGCGAUGCUACAGGGACGAGGGCUCAAGGAAAGAUAGACAACCAGAAUUCACUCAGUUAGAUCUGGAGUUCUCAUUCUUGGAACAAGAGCAUAUAUUCCCACUGAUUGAGAACUUACUAGUUUCUUCUUGGCCUGCUGACUCAAUGCCAAUAUCAGUGCCCUUUCCCCGAAUGAAGUAUACAGAAGCAAUGGAACGAUAUGGCACUGACAAACCAGAUGUUUCAUUUGGAUCAGAGGUGCAUAAUGUGACAUCUAUCUUCGCCAAUAGUUCUGGAGAAUCUGAAGUUUUGACAAAAAAAUUUGGUGCAGAGUCAAAAAAUCUAAAUUUUCAUAGUGUAUUGUUCCCUCAAAAAGCUGAACAUUAUACGAAAGCGAUACAGAAGAAGUUAGACGUCCUAGCUAAAGAAUCAUUUCCAGAUGUCCUCUACCUUCCUUUGCCUUUCAACGACAGUAAUACAUGGAGUGAGAAACUGAAAAAAAUAUGGCCAACAUUGUCUCCUGAAAAAAUUUCUGAAGAGCUUGGUUGCGCCAGUGGAGAUCUCUUAUUCCUAGCCAUCGGGAAAAAGGAGAGUAAUAUAUUAUUGGGUCAAAUACGGUUGGAAUUUGCCGAAGCCCUUAAAAAAAAGAAUGUUGAUUUUGGUCGCCACAAGUCACAGUUUCACUUCCUAUGGAUCACUGAUUUUCCACUAUUUACCAAAGAUGAAGCAACAGGACGGAUAGAAGCAUCACAUCAUCCUUUCACUGCUCCGCAUCCCGAUGACUUGCCACUUUUGCUCAAAGAUCCAUUGAAGGUUCGUGGUCAGCAUUACGAUUUGGUGUUGAACGGUGCUGAAAUUGGAGGUGGUUCAAUCCGAAUUCACAAUCAUCGACUGCAACGUCAAGUCCUGGAACAGAUUCUGAACAUUCCAACUUCAUCCCUUGAGCAUUUAUUAGAUGCUCUGCAUUGUGGAUGUCCUCCCCAUGGUGGCAUUGCCCUAGGCCUUGACAGAUUGUUGGCAAUUAUCUGUGGGGAAAACAGUAUCCGUGAUGUCAUAGCGUUUCCCAAAAGUUUUGAGAGCAAAGACCUCAUGGUUGGAGCUCCUUGCGAUAUUUCAGUAGAAGAUAAAAUUUACUAUCACCAACCAAAUUUUCAACAGGAAGUGAAAGACUAUGGCCCUGAGGAUGAGAUAGUACAAUAAGGUACCAUUGUGCCUCCGUGUAAUUAGCUAUUUGUUUUUCUUGUACAUAAAAACCGUGUAAUUACUAAGAGGUAA